AUGGAGUUGCAAGUUUGCCUUCUCGUGAACUACCCGAAACACUAUUCUAACAGUCCAGAAGACACUCUUGCUCUACUUUACGCAGCUCAGGUAAUUCAAAGAGUGCAUAGCUCACCUAGAGCAAGCAUUGAAUUAGUUCAUGGAAUUUGGAAGACUCAGCAUGUCCACCAGAUAUUGCAAGUAAAUUGUCAUCACUCUUUGCAGGAAAUUGCUGAAUUAUACGAACAGGAGCAAAAUUUGGAGCAAGCCAUAGCUUACUAUGAUAAAGCAGCCGAUCUUUUCCAAGGUGAAGAAGUGACAACUUCUGCAAACCAGUGCAAACAGAAAAUCGCACAAUUUUCAGCUCAACUGGAACAGUAUCAGAAAGCUAUAGAGAUUUACGAUGAGAUAGCACGACAGUCGGUCAAUAAUAACUUACUAAAAUACGGUGUUAGAGGGCAUCUACUGAAUGCUGGCAUUUGCCAACUCUGUAAAGGCGAUGUUGCAAUCACAAACGCAUUGGAGCGUUACCAGGAAUUGGACCCCGCGUUUUCAGGAACACGCGAAUACAAAUUGCUCGCGGAUAUGGCUGCUGCUAUGGACAAAGAAGAUGUUGCAAAGUUCACUGAUGUUGUCAAGGAGUUUGACAGCAUAACUAAACUGGUAAUAAUAACUUUAUUGUGGUCAUAUAUCACACAAGAUAGAUAUUAAUGCUGCAAAUGAACC